AACUUGCAUGGCGCUUCGUUCUUCACUCUCAGUUCUCUCUGCAAAUUCAAUUCCCAUCAACCCUAAAUUUGCAUCAGCUCCUGCACCAUUCAAAUUGCAACAAGUUUUGAGAGCUCGAAGCAGCCCCUCGUCGACGAGGUUGAAUGCUGCGGGUUUCGCCGAGAUUGAACCCGAUAUCAGUGAAGAUCCCCCAGAUCGUUGGGAAACUAAUAGCAUAAGCCCUGAAGAUUUCAAGUACGGAGAGUAUGAUGGGCACCAUACUUAUUUCGAAGGAGAGAAAAAAGGAACAUUUUGGGGUUUACUUGCUGAAGAGAUAGCAGCAGCAGAACCCCCCACAGGAUUUCAAGGGCUUAUUUCAUGGCUUUACCCUCCAGCCAUCGUUGCUGGGAUUGUCUUCCAUGUUCCGGGGGAGUACUUAUACAUUGCAACAGGAUUAUUCACGGCAAUAUUUUGCAUCAUUGAGAUGGAUAAACCUGACAAACCCCACCACUUUGAACCUGAGAUAUACAAUAUGGAAAGGGGAGCUCGGGACAAGUUGCUCAAUGACUAUAAUACCAUGGACAUAUGGGAUUUCAAUGAGAAAUAUGGGGACCUGUGGGACUUUACUGUUAAGAAGGAUGACAUAAUGACAAGAUAACUAUUUCAGUUGAUUAUUCAUAAGUAUAUAUAUUAAGCAUGAAAGCCAUACUAAAUUUGUUUCGUUUUCCCUUCUCUUUUCCCAGGACUCUGUUGCCGUCUUGACUAGGGUUUUUCCAUCCCUGCCUUGUUUUCUAUCUGUGUAUAGUUUUUGUUUUGUUGUAUUAUUAAUUCUUUAGUACCCAGAAAACCCAGUCAAAAUAUACUAAAUUCCAAGUGUCAAAGUUAAUAUGGGCUCCUCUUUUUCGGCCCUAAAAAUCAAUGCUUAUAUGCAAUUAAUGGAAA